CAGACCUUCAACUCUGCUAUCUUGCAGAUACUCUAAGUAAGCUGCCCAUCAAUUUUGGAUAGAAAACUUUUCAACGUGCAGAAACUUCAAGGCCGCAAAACUUUGAUUAAACAUAAUCCAAUUCUAAGGAAAAUAAAGUGCAAAAAAAGGUCAAAGCUUCAGAGAGAUUUCCACUCCCCCAACUUUCAGCUAAUUAACAUGGAAAAUUUCACCAGAAUAUAUCGCUCUACUCAUGGCGAACUUUUAGAUUAUUUUGGUCGGGGGCGGCGCCAUAAGUUUCUAGAAUUUAUAGAGUCGAAAGCUUUCUAUCGAUAGAUAAAAAUGGCGAGCGAGAAGCAGAUACAAGUGCUUGUAGAUACAAAGAAACAGCCCCAAACAAACAACAAAAAUCACUCCCGAAGGGGUAUAAUAAACAAUUAAAAAUUAUUUACUUGCUGCUAUCGAAUUAUAAACAAGCGAUUCCCGAGUAACCUCAAUUUGGGUCUAAAAACAGCAAAACUUUUACCUAAUGCAUAAUUUUAUUUUUCAGUCUGUGUGGGCUAAAGUGCAAUACAAAAAUCGAACACUGAAGCAUUCCAAUUAAACUAACAAUCAAAGUGCAAUACAAAUAAAUCCAGCUAAAAAUCAACGAGAAUAUUUACAUAAGCUGUGUUCAUAAAUAGAUUUGCCCAAAUCACGCAAAACAAAUUGAAUUAACUCUUUUGUCAGCAAUAACAUUAAAUACAUAUAACAACUACGACUAAACUUAAUAAGCAUUUAAAAAAUAACAAUAACAAUUUUGUGCAAUUUAAAUAAUAACUAUAAUCGUAUACAAAAAUUAAAAGCCUUUAAAAGGUCAACAGAUAUUUGCUAAAUACUUUUGCGCUAAUCAAAAAUACAACUAAAUACUUUGUAAACUCCAAUUAGCUAAAUUGUUAUAAAAUAAAAUUUAUAGAAUAACCAUUAAACAAGUAAUAAACAUUUUAUAAAGCGCCAAGGUUUUUAAAAAAUAUAAAAUUGCUAAACAAUUAUAAAACAACUUUAAAUGCAUAUUGCUGGGACGGAUAAAGUAUAAAAUACUAGCUGCCGAUUUUUCAUCAUUAUAGACAAAGAAACGCGUAAUAAUUAAACUGAAAAAUGCUGAAAGCAAUAGCCUAGGCAAAAAGCGAAACGUGGCAGACGACAGAGUUUGAAAGCGGAAUACGGAAUACCAUGGUGCGACUGAAUGUUGCAGAGCAACACAGCAGCAGCAACAGCAACAACGGCAACAUAAGCAACAGCAGCAUAAGCAACGCCAACGGAACAAUAAUUAGCAAUAAUAAUGCGGGUGGCAGUUGCUCCUCGACGACCUCUUCAACGACCAGUUUGAAUAGCAAUCCGGCCUCGCCCGCCUGCACCAUGGUGAUGUUGCCGCAGCAGCAGCAGCACUUGGUGGUUCAGCAGCAGCAGCAACCGCAGCAGCAACAGCAGUUGCAGCAGCAGCAACAUGCCCCACAGCAACAGCAACAUUCGCCCUCGGACGGCGGUUCAUCGAAUUGCUCGCUGCCGGCAUCUCCACCUCUACUGCAGCAGACCGCCACACCGCCCCAGGGCGCCCAGAUUGUGCCGCCCGUCUGCGCCCUGCACCACCCACAACAGCAGCUGGCCCUGAUGGCGGCCAUGCAGCACCACCACCACCUGCCGCCGCCCCCGCACGCCCUCCACCACGCCCCCUUGCCGCCGGCGCCCCCGAACAUGCCGCCACCCCAUGAGAACGGUGUCUCGGGGGGUGGUGGCUCGGGGGGAGGCGUUUCGCCCAACGGCGGCGGCGGUGGUGGCUCCUCUGCCAGCAGCGUGAGCAGCCUUUCCAGCGGCAGUGGCGGCUCCGGUGGUGGUCAGGUGGGAAAUGGCCUGACUAACGGAACGAAUGGAAUUGCUCCACUGCCGCCGGGCCAGCUGUACAUCCAGUAUCCGGGCGAGUUCUAUCCGCCGGAAUACUACAUCGCACCGCAUCCGCACGAGGGCAUCUGUCCGCAGCAUCCGCACCACCCGCAUCCGCAUCCGCACCACCACCAGCCCAUGUGCGCCAUGUCCACGGAAUACGGUCCCGCCGUUCAGAUGGUCUCCCAGAACCGACCCCCUCCCCCGAUGCCGGUGCCCGUCCAGGUGCCCCAGUACGUCAACGAGAACGGAACGCUGACCCACGUGAUGCUCUCGCCGCAGCAGUACCAGCAACUGCAUCCUGGCCAGGGACACCUCCAUCCAGCGCCCUUCAUAAGCGCGAAUGGCACUUCGCAUUUCUACACCCCGGUGGCUGGUUAUCCUGGCCCAGGACCUGCGGCCAAUGGACCGCCGCACUUUCAUUUGCCGCCACCACCACCGCAGCAGCAGCAGCAACAACAACAGCAGCAGGCGCCCCAAGGAGCACCACCUCCGCAGCAGCAACAACAACAACAGCAGCAGCAGGUGGCAGCAACCUCCGCAACUCCUGGAACAGCAACUGCUGGAGGAGCAGCAGGAGGAGCACCAACCAAUGGCCCAGCCACCCACUCACAUGGACACGCGCACACCCACUCACACGCCCACUCGCACACACAUCCACAGGCCCAUCCACAUUCCCCGCACUCCCCCUCGCCGCCCAAUUACCGGGAUGAGCGCAGCCAGCGGCAGCACAACAAGCUGCUCAGGAAGCUGGAGAAGCAGCGGGAGUCAAAUCCCCCGCACUCGCCCUCUCCGCGCCGUGCCAACGAACUGAAUGGUCACAAUAACAACAACAACAUUCCUCCGGGCGUCACCCUGCCCGGCCACCUGAGCAGUCACCACCACGUGGUGAACCACCAAGGACGUCGCCUGCCGCAGCAGCAGCAGCAGCAGCACCACCCGGUGGCCCAGCAGCAGACGCAGACCAGGAACGGGAAUCCGCCCCAGAGAACCGGCAGCAGUGUGGGCGGCGCCAGUUCGGUGGGAACCUCCGAGGACGGCGAGGACAACUCCAGUCUGGCCGGCGACGAUGAGGAGGAGUACCACAGGGAGAACACCAUCAUCGAGCAGAUCUCGGCCAUUGACAGGCCCGAGGUGAUCGAUGUGACUGCGCGGGCGGCCAAGAUCAUCUGGGAGAGUCCGGCCAUCGCGGACACGGUGACGGUGGAUAUGCGCCAGCUGCGCUACCAAGUGCUCCUCUGUGAUUCCGGCAAGCAGUGCAAGUACAAGAGUCUCUACCAGGGCGAAGCCUACGAGUGCAUUGUGCAGGAUCUGCAGCCAGGGCAGGAUUACCUGGUGCGCCUGCAGGUGCACUACGAGAAGCUGGUCGGCACGGUCAGCGAUCCCACGGAAUUUCGCACGCCCGCCUGUGAGCCCGAUCAACCGCCGCCGCCGAAGCUGGUCUCCCGCACCAAGAGCUCCAUAAAUCUGCGCUGGGCAGCUCCCGCGGCGAACGGCGCCAGCAUACAGCACUAUCUGCUGGAAUACGACGAGGGUAGGAUGGCGGGACAGCCGCAGAAGUUUGUGGAGCUGGCCAAGAUCAAGGCCAAGCACUAUGUCAUCGGGAAACUCCAGCCAACGACGGUCUACAGCUUCCGUUUGGCGGCCGUGAACGAGGCGGGCCAGAGUCCCUAUUCCCCAGUGGCGAGCUACAGCACCUCGGGCAAUCCGCCGCCAGUGCCGCGACCUCCGCAGCUGCUGGGCAGCACUUCCAGUUCCCUGAAGCUCGGCUGGGAGCGGCGGGCACAGGAUGGAGACUUUCUGCUGCAGCUGCAGGAUGCGGAAUCAGGCCAUGGCUACCUGAACACCUACAAGGGCACAGAGCUGCUGACCGAGUGCCUGCAGCUGCGGCGGGCCAGCAGCUAUCAGUUCCGUUUGCGGUCCGAAAACGAGGCGGGCUUCUCGCCCUGGUCGCCGGAGGUUAGCUACCGCACUUUGGCUGAACGUCCAGGGAGACCCGGGAAGCCGCAUGCCAAGGGCAAGAUCCAUGGCACCCAGUUCAAGGCACGCUGGGAUGCACCCAGCGAUGCGGGUGGCGCUGAAAUCCUUCGCUACCAUUUAGAGCUGAGUGCCGCUGGACCCGCGUUCGAGCGGAUCUACAGCGGGGCCGAAACAGAGGCCAUGUGCGAGCGCCUCCAGCCGGGCACCACCUACGCUUUGCGGGCCUGCUGCGAAGGUCCCGCCGGGCAGAGUCCCUACUCGGACAUUGGACACGUUACCACGGAGGCGGUGCCGCCGUCUGCCCCGCCGCCGCCGCACUGCAGUGAUCCGCCCUCGCCGUACGCCGCCCUCCUGAAGCUCCAGCAUCCGGAGUACAAUGGCGGGGCACCGGUCCUCGAGUUUGAGGCCCAGAUGAGGCGACUGGAGCAGGUGCAACCUCCACAAGUGGUUUACCGCGGCAAGCAGGCCUACUUUGUGGCCCAGGACCUCACCCCCGGCGGCAUGUACGAGGCCCAGGUGCGGGCCAUCAACCGGAUAGGCCACGGCAACUGGUCGCAGUGGAUGCGAUUCACCGCAGCCGCCGCAGCGCCCGGUGCUCCCGAGGAGCUGCGCGUCCUGGUCAAGUCGGCCACCCAUUUGGGCGUGAGUUGGCAGCCGCCGUUGCAGGAAAACGGCGCACCGGUGACCAGUUACACGCUGAAGAGUGCCAGCCAGGAGAGGAUUAGGGAUGGCGAGGAGGAGGAGGAGGUAAAGGAGCCACCGAGCUCCGAGUUCCACAACUGCUACCAGGGAGCGCAGACCUGCACGGAGCUGAGGAACCUCUCGCCCUACACACGCUACCAUUUCCGCAUCAAGGCGAGCAACUCCGCCGGCACCGGAACCUCCUCCGAUGUGAUAAGCGUGUGCACGCCGGCCGCCGUGCCAGGAGCUCCGCAGAUGCAGGGCUACGAGUUCACCGCCCAGGAGGUGACCCUCAACUGGACGCAGCCGGCGGCCCAUGGCUCGCCCAUCUGCUCGUACAACAUUGAGUAUGGGGAACGAACCAUCGCCACUCCAGAUGCCUGUACGAGAUACACAGUGAGCGGAUUGAUGCCCGAAACCGGCUACAAGUUCCGCGUGCAGGCGGUGAACGCCAUCGGGGCGGGAGCCUUUAGUGCCUAUGCCAAGCUGACCACCCAGCCGGCUCCUCCGGCGCCACCGCGCCUCGAGUGCAGCGGUGCCGGGCACAACUACAUCAAGCUCAAGUGGGGCGAGAAUGGAGUUGGCAAGGUGGCGAACCAAUCCAAUCCCUCUGGCAGCGGAGGCGACUUCACCAAAUACUUUGUGGAGAUGUAUGUGUCGCGGGCCAAGCAAUUCCAGGCCGUCUACUCCGGCACUAAUUGCAUGUGCAAGGUGCACAAGCUGCAGGAGCGUAGCAGCUACACCUUCCGCAUCUACGCCCACACGGAUCGGGCUGGCGAUGGCGAUUAUUCCGAGGAGUUUGUCUUCGAGACCUCGGCCACUCUCCCAGCGAACAUAAAGCCACCGCGCGUCGUCCAGGAGGGCAGCGUGUGCCUCAUGGAGCUGCCCGGCCAGCUGGGCAUGCAGCUGACUUUGGAGUGGCAGCACUCGAAGAACUCCUUCCACGAUCGCGUGGAAUACGAGCUGCAGUACGCCGUUUUGGGCGCCGCAGAGCUAGAAGGUGAAUCCCUGUCGCCCAAGGGUCGCAGCAGCAGUUCCAGCGGCAGCUCGAGCGGAGCUCCCAUCAAUCUGGCCAAUCACGAAUACCGGCAGUUGUAUCGCGGCCCCGAGACCAAGUUCACCAUUGACAAUCUGGCCGCCGGCACUUGCUAUCAGUUCCGCGUGUGUCCCGUCCGGAUAGCGGCGGGCGGAGAGCUGCUCUACGGCCAGCCGUCGAGUCCGUUGCGCUACCAGGUGCCCAGCGAGCUGGAUCCCAGCUCGGCCACCUGCCACCACCACCUGCACGGCUCGACGGCGCCACCACAGGCGGUGGCCGCCAGCAGCAGCCAGCGGAGCAGCCGGAAACUCUCGGCCGGCAAUGGUUCCACCAAUGGCCUGCACUUGCGAUCGGUGAGUGCGUCCGCUAUCAGCGGUGCGAGCGGCGUUGGAGCCGAUCCCGUGGCGAUUGGACGACUGCAGCAGGAGCUGUCCGGUUUCAAUGCCUGCGCAGAUCCCCUGCAUCACCAUCAUCAUCAUCACCACCACCACCAUCAGCCGUGCGGAGGCGGAGGCAACGGCGGCGGCGGCAGCCUCGUUGUAGCAGGAGCCACCGACUCGCACCACCAGCAUCAGCACCACAUGCACCACUCGCAUCACAUGCACCACGCCCACCAUCCGCACACCGGCCUGGGCGUCAGCUCAUCCAGUUCCAGCUCCUCGACGGCGGCAGCCAUCUCCUCCAGCUUGGCCCAGGCAGGCGGACUGAGGCGAAUCGUCGGUAAGCUAACUUCACUGUACUCCAACCGGAGGCGUCUGAGUGACCAGCAAAAGGCCGUCUGCAUUGUGGUCUCCUUCCUAGUGGGCACCUUCCUGGUCGCCAUGCUCGUCAAUAUGCUGCGGGGCUAA